AUGCUGUCGGCGGUCACGGUGAUCAAGACGGUGAUACUGAUCGUAACAUGGCCAUGUGGGACCAUCCUGAACUCAUCCAUUAUAGCUGUCUAUCUCAGCGACUGGAAGAAGGGAGUGAAACUUGGGGAGUGCGAUCAGAUCAGUCUCAGUAUGGGGUGCACCAACCUGCUCUUGCAGUGCUUAAUAACAUUUGGAGCGGCCUUCGUCUCAUAUGGACUGUACCUUCCAUUUGCGAAAAAAGUUUUUUUUACUUUCUACACUGUUUUCUUGUUUUUUAAUUCUCUCUCAUUUUGGCUCACAGCCUGUCUCUCCAUCUGUUACUGCCUGCGACUGGUCAAUCUCUCCCCUAAAUUGUUUAUUUGGUUAAAAAGGAGACUCUCUCGCACCGUCGCCCCACUCCUUCUGUGGUCAGUGGCAAUUUCAUUUGCUUCUAUUCUUCCAGUUAUCUGGAUAUCAGACACAGAAACUGACCAGAAUACAACUUUAAUUUAUUAUGAUAAUACCUCUAUUGCUAAUUGGAGUUUUUUGGUCACUGCUUUUGCAUUUGGCAUCGGCCUGCCCUCCCUUAUUACUGCUAUUUGUAUUGUACUUUCCCUGAUAUCGCUCCUGAGGCACAUCUGGAGGAUGAAGCAGAACCCUCAGUUCGGGAGUCCUCAGCUGAAGAACCUUAUAAGAGCUUGCAGGACAAUGUUCCUACUCAUGGCUCUGAAUUGGCUUUACUUUCUGAUCAUUUUCAGUUCAGUGCUAAAAUCAAAUAGCAUGGACACUAUAUGGGACAUGGUGCUCUUGUUAGGGAAUGUGUUGAAACCCUCAUGUCAAGCCAUUGUUCUGAUCUUUGGAAAUUCCAAGUUACUCAGUGCCUGGAUAAAGACCUUGUUUCCUCAGUGA